AUGUCCGAGGAACUAAAAAAUCAUUUAGAUAGUUUGGGUUGGAUCUUGAAUGAUAAAGGUUUAAUUGAUUUACAAAAUAUUCUUGAGACAGAACAAUUAACACAUAAUGAUAUUAUUAAAGAACUUUUGAAUAAAGAUCUUAGAAGAAUCGGACGUGGUGCCUUUAAAGAUGAUUUCUCAAAUGCUAAAAACAUAUCGGGUCCAUUAGUAUUACAAUUACUUUCAAUAAUCAACCUUUCAACACCUUUACAAGAUCAACGUGAAAUACCUAGAUUAUUACAACUGACAUUAACUGAUGGUAUUAAAAAAAUUAAAGGUGUUGAAAUGUUAGGAAAAGUUGAAAAUGUUAGUUUAAGUACACCGCCAGGUACUAAAUUUAUGGUAAAGAAUCCUAUAAAAAUCCAAGAAAAUAUAUUAUUUCUUGGUCCAGGAUUAUUGGAAAAUUUGGGUGGCAAGGUGGAGGAAAUGAUUAGAGAAUGGCAAUUUCUUAAAGUUGAUGGCAAUAAAAAAAAUGAUGGAUAUGAUGGAAGAGGUAGAAGAGGUGGGGCUGUUGGUGGACAUCGUAUCAAUGGUAAUAAUAAUAGAAAUGGUGCAAGAGAAGGUCAGAGUAAUAAUAAAUCAAUUUAA